CAAUGUGUUAAUAUAGAAUAUUUUUGGUAUAAUGUCAUCUGAAUUAGUGACAAAUGGCCCUACUUCGGAGCCUGCUGGAGAAACUGAUACUUUGGCCAAUGGGCCAACUUCAAAUGAUCAAAAAGUAUGGUUGCAUGCAUGGAAUUCUAAUGAAUUGCGACAAAACUCUGCAGAUUGGAAUUUAGCUGCAGAUGCCGGUUUAUUAAAAUAUUUGCAAGAGUUUUCGACAAAUUUUAUGGCCAAAGCACAUGAAUCAACACUUGCAAUAAACAAUUUAGUUCACGAGACAUGUAUGACCGAAACUAAAAUGCGCAGUGUUGCAGAUCGGUUUUUAACCUUGAGUGAUUCUCAAUUUAUUGAAAAUCGAGUAUAUGACGAGGAUGUUUCAGAGGAAACAAACGCAGAGUCAAAGGAAAAAGAAGAAUCAGAUAAUAAAGUGAAAGAACAAACUGAGAUUGAUGCUCUUCCUAAACUCAGAGAAGCAAUACAAAGUGGCAUCAAAGUUCUUGACGACGCUUUUGAUGUUUUGGAUGCGAAUGCAGCAAACUCUGAUUAUGAUUCUGAUAUGGAUUCAGAUGCUGAAGAUGGGCAAGGCACAAAUAAUUUGCCAACUAAUAUUUAUGAACCAAAAGAUCCAUAUGUAACAAGACCUUUACCACAUUUAAUUGGAAGUAGAGGAUUUCAAGAGUCUGAGGAUGUUGGAAUCAAAGAUCUCCCAAGCGAAGAUGAAAUUCAAGAUGAUCAAGGAAGCAUUAGUGAAUCAGAUGAAGAGGUUGAAAAGCCAAGUGAUGAUAAAAAAGAUUCAAUUACAUCAUCAUCAUCUGAAUAUGAUUCUGAUAGUAUUUCUAGUGAUUCAGAUAACGAGAAAGAUAUCAGAGCUGGUUCUGUGAAAAAGACUAAAAAAGCAAGCUUCACUUCUGAUAGUCAGUCAGAUAAUGACUUAUUUGGAAAGAAAAAUGAUUACAGUUCGAGCGAGGAUGAAAAUUCACCAGCACCACAAGUGAAACCUCCGAAGAAAGAUCGAACUUCAUCAAAAAUUUCAAAAAAAAAGAAAACAGCUACAAAAGAAAAGGAUGUUGAUUUGUUUGGUUCGAAUGAAGAAGACGGCGAUGAUUUAUUCGCUAAUGCUGGUGGGUUAUUUGGUGCUGGAACAAACUUAUUUGAUAAAAAGAAGAAAUCUGGAGGUCUCUUUGAUGACGUUGAUAUUGAGGAUGAAGAAUCUGAUGAAGUAUCAGAAGAAGAUGAAAUAAGAGACAAUAAAAGUCAAACAUUGUCAUCUGAAGAAGAAGAGAAAUCAGACAAAGAUGAUGAAGUUGAAGAAAAAUCUUCUAAGCCUCUUGGUGGGGUAUCAAUGUUUAGCGGGGCAAUGAACAAAGAACUACUAUCAAAACUUCGAAGAGAGAGUGACACAACAAGAAGUGAUACAACCUCUCAACAUUCUGAACAGUAUUCAACCAAGAAGGGAAGCAAUUUAUUCCUCGCUGAUGAAGAAGAAGAUAACGAUGAUGAUUUAUUUGCUAAGAAAGCACCGUCGAAACAAAACAUCUCUGCAACCUCAAAGCCAAAAUCAAAAUCUUUUCUUGAAAGUAGUAGUGAUUCAGAAAAUGAAAAGCCCCCUCCUAUGUCGAUUAAAGCAGAUAAAAAAACUAAGAAGCCAGCAUCUGAUCUAUUUGGUGAUGAUAGCAGUGAUGAUGAUUUCUUUGCUCAGAAGCCUGCACCAAAGAAGCCAGUUGUUGUAAAGAAACCAGAAAUAAAGAAAAAUGAUAUUUCGAAGUCAUCAAAAGAAUCAGCUAAACCAACCAAGCCUUCAGCGCUUGACAGUUCUUCGGAUGAUGAUUCUAUGUUCUCUAAUAAACCACCUCCAGUGAAUAAAACUGCUAACAAAUCAAAAGGACUUUUUGAUAGUGAAUCCGAUGAUGAUUUCUUCUCAUCAAUGAAAACAAAACCGAAACCACCUGUGGAAAGCAAGUCAAAACCAAAAGAUACCGGUAAAACCAAAGAAACUGCUAAACCAAAAACUGAUAGCAAAGCUAAAGGGCUUUUUGAUAGUGAUUCCGAUGAUGACUUCACCGGAGCUAUAAAACCAAAAUCCAAAUCGAAGGAUAAUGAUAAAGUAAAAAAGAAGUCAUUAUUAAGUGAUGGUAGCGACAGUGAUGAUUUGUUUUCUCCUGGCCAAAGUUUGCCAGUAAAAAAAGAGCCUGAAUCAAAUAAUAUAAAGAAUGAAGAGAUUAUGAAAAGCAAAUCAGAUUCUUUAUUCAGUGCAGAAUCAGGAGAUGAAUCUGAAAAGGAAGAAAUUAUUCCACCUAAAAAGAAACCCGCAGGAGCAGUGGCAAUGUUUGGAGGAGGUUUUGGUGGCGCUGAGCUAUCUGCCGCAAUCAGUAAAAGACGAUCAACUUCCGAAAUAAGCAACAAGUCUUCAAGCAGUGCUGAUUUUGAUUCAGAGAAAGGCUCAAGAAAAACGUCAGAUGCUAGCUCCAAAUUGAAAGAUGAAGACAAAAAGGAAGAUGCUGUUUUACCCACUGUAAAUGAAACAUCUACUAAAUCCGAUGAAACAAGACCUAUAGUCGAAUUGACAAAACCAGUUAUUGUACCGUCACCCACCACGACCAAGAAAUCAUUUAGUAAUGCCACAGCAAAACCAUUUAAGCCAUUUGGAAAUUCACCGAUUAUGACUAAAAGCAAACCAGUGAUGAUAGAUGGGUCUGGUGGCAAGAAAUCAGUGAAUGAAUUACGUGCUGGUCUCUCCUUCAAUCCUUCCACUUUAUUACCAGGUGCUGUACCUAAACCAAAACCAAAUGAAAAGACAGAAGUAUCGUUUGACAAACCCCCUGUUCUGAAGACACUUGAGAGCGUAAACAAGACAAGAGCUCGAGGACAGGCGAACCGGCGCCCACCUAGUCGUCAUGGAAAAUCUCGCCGACCUGUUUCAAGUCCACCAUCAACUUUCACCAGUGAUAUUCUCAAUGAUAAGGAAAUCUCGGCUCCUAAACCUCCAUUAGAAGACAGUGCCUCGAAAAAGCAGAGUGGAGGAGAGAAGAACAAACCGAAUAAAAUUUCUGAAUCGAAGGAGCAAAAAUCCACCUCUGAUAUAUUUCAACAAUCUGAAACACCUGCUGAAAAAGAAAAACCUCAAACAGCUUUAAUAGAUUCUGUAGAUAUUGAUGCGGAAUUAUUUUCAGGUUCGCUAUUUUCUAAGAGCAAGUCAACCAAGUCUAAAACCAAAGCACCGAAAUUGUUUGACGAUGAUGAUAUAUUCGGUGAUACUUUGAAAGAUGAAAAAUCCAACAAAGAGAAAAAAUCAGCCCCAAAUUUGUCUUUCAAUGAUGAUGUCGAUGAGCUGUUUGAAGAUCUCAACAUUACAGGCGGCGUUUUGUCUAAAAAUAAGAAAAAACCUAGCAAACAGGAUGAUAUAUUCGGUGAUGAUAGUGAAAAAGAUAACAUGGAGGAUGCAGGAGAUAUUUUUGGUAAAACUAAUCAAAGAAAGACGUCAAAAAGAGAGAGUAAAUUGCCAUCAGAUGAUGAUAUAUUUGGUGAUAUACUUCCAGAAGCAAAACCUAAAUCUGAAAAAACGAAAAAAGUCAUAGACGAUAUGGAUAUAUUUGGUGAUGAAUUAGAUUUUACUCUUCCUUCUGCUAAAUCUAAGAAAAACAUUGAAAAAGAUCUGUUCGCUGAUGAUGAAAUUACGGCAGAAAUUCCACCUAAAAAAUCACCGAAAGCCCAGAAAAAGAAAACAGCUGCCGCAAACAACAGCAUUUUUGAUGAUGAUAUAUUCGCAGAAACGUUGCCGCAGAAAAAGACUAAAAAAAGUGAGAAGAAAGCUAAGGCCUCAAAAGCACCAGCUUCAUGUAUUUUUGACGAUGAUGAUGUCGCAGAUAUCUUCCAGUCAACCUCAAAUAAACCAUCUGGUAAACCGAAGAAGGCAACCACUACUAAAAAGAAUAUAUCUCAACCGGAAAAGGCUAAAACAGCCACUGUAACUGAUGACCCAUUGGGUCUAUUUUGAUUUCAACCUGCAUUUGUGAACUUAAAUUUUCGGUGCUGUAGUAAUUUGGAAUGCAGCAUUCAAAUUUUUUAGCUUUAUUAAAAAUAUAAUCAGCAACGAGCUUCGUCUGUGCAAUUAUAUUUUUCUAAUGAUUCCACUUUUCAUAUGUAUAACAUAUUAGAUACUGUGUUGUAAAAUAGCUAUUAUAGUAUGAAUCAGGAGUGGCCAACACGUCGAUCGCGAUCGAUAGUCUGAUGUUGAGUGAAUUUAAUAACAAACCCCAAAAAAUUACCGUGAAAUGAAUGUGCUGAAUAUCAUACAUAAUCAAAUUAACAAAUUAAAUGGAUCAUAAAAAUACAAAUUAUUGUGGCAAUUUCAUUGAAAAUGCACUCCCAGAGCCGAGCUUAUUGGCAGCAGUGGAAUUAUUUGUAUACAUGUGUGCAGUUAUCUGCAUAUUCAGUACUCAUUCGUUUUUGUGUAUGAUCUUAUUACCAAUCAGUCGAUUGCAAGCUAUUUUGAAGAUUUUAGUCGAUCGCGGUCUAAAGCAGGUUGGUCACCCCUGGUAUAAAUACUUGAAAAUUUUUGGAUUGAAGGGUAUUUUUGAUUGGUUAAUCAUAUCUGGCUAGGCAGAGAUGUUGAAAAUGCUUGAAUCACACUUUCACAAAUUCAAUUUUGGAUUGUAAAACCCAGCCAAAGUCAGCUUUUUCAAACACAGCAUUUGCUAUUCUGAACAUAUCGCUUUUAUGUUCUUUUCAUGUCCCAAGUUUAUUUAUUUAGCAUAAUACUGUUUUUGAUCAGAUGAAAUUAUACAGAAUUUAUUGAUUUUGAAAUAUGAAAGUAUAAUAACUAAUAGCAAAUUUGAUUAUAUGCCUGUUAAUUUAAAUGUGAAGAAAUUUAUUGUGUUAUUAUUCAGUUUUUCUUAUUUUCAAUAAAAUGUGCAAUCUUUAUUUUUGAUUCAUCAUUUAUUGUUUGUUGAUUUAUGUUUCAAUUUUCAAUACUGCUAUAUUUAUUUCUCAGUCUGAUUAGGAAUAUAUAAAGAAGAAAUUGUAGGCCAACUUUCCAUUAUGUAAUGUUCAAUAGAUUUAGGUAAAUAAAGGUAAAAAAAAGAUUGGGCAUUUCUAUUUAGGCUGUAUUAUUUUAUGUGGAGUGAUGAUUCUGACACCUUAUUCAGAUUUUGAAAUGUUCAACCAAUUCAGUGUUUAAAAAUGUGUUGAUGCUUCCUAUUCCAAGUGCUGUGGAAUGUAAUAUUUUGAACCAUAUACUUAACCAUUUGAAAUGUCUUCAAUGAUUAAAGCCAUUGUCCAUUUUCCAAAUUUGCACCAGGCAUAUUUUAUUUGGUGCUAAAUCAGUUAAUCAAUAUACCCUAUUUAUUUUCUGAGAUUGUUAUUGUAUUUGUAUGUGUUUAUGUAACACAGGUGAUCCAUUGUUUCCUGUGUAACGGAAUAUUAUUUCCUGCGCAUACUGCUAUUUUGUAGGCAGGCAUUUGAUUUAUAUCGUUUUUAAGUUGGUUUUAUAAAUUUUAGGGAUGUGCUCAAUACUAAAGGUCAUGCAUGUGACAGUGUCAUUGAAUUUACCCUGAUUUGUUCAUAAUAGGACAAUAUACAAUCCAAUGACAUAAAUCAUCUCAAGACAAGAAUGGUGGAUUACCAUUAUACCUUCCUAUUCUUAUUAUCUGAUAUUGAUUAUAUUGUUCUUGAUUAUAACAAUUUAUGCUAAAGUUUUGAUUUCUUCCUGUUACUAUCUUAUUUAAG